AGACGAACCGUUCAUCCCUCCCAUUGGACUCAUUCGUUCGUUCGCUCGCCGCAACGUUGAACGCGUUUCAAAUUCGGGAAAAUGUGCAAUUGAACAAACGACACCAAGUCCUUCGUUCCGUGUGAGUCGGUGUUUCGAGAGAGUGUUUCCACCAGGACCAGGAUCAGAACCAGUAGUUAACCCAGUGCCCAGUGUCGUCGACAGAGGAAGCCCGCCCGAUCCGGAACUGGAACUGAAAUCCAUUAUGUUCCCUUUCUCCUCCCUGCAAGUCGAGUACAGCAACUUCCACCGUUCGUCGCAAAUCAUGUCCAACGCGCUGAGUAUGGGCAACUCGGGGUUCCCCCACUCCUGGAUCGUGUCCGGGCAGGACUUCUGUCCCAUCACGUACUCUUCGAUCCAGUCGCACAAUUCGGCCGUCCAGAACAACCUGGCAACGGUCGAGCCCGGCUUGAUUGAGCUGCGCAAGGAGAAAUCCCGCGAUGCCGCUCGAUCGCGCCGAGGCAAGGAGAACUACGAGUUCUACGAGUUGGCCAAAAUGCUUCCCCUACCAGCGGCCAUCACCAGCCAACUCGACAAGGCAUCCAUCAUCCGGCUGACAAUAAGUUACCUCAAGUUGAAAGACUUCAGCGAAAGUGGAGUCCCCUCGUGGUCCAAAGAACCGAUCGGCUUUCAGAACUACACCAAUCCGCAGUAUUUCAACGAGAUGUUUGAGACACAUCUGGGAACGCAUAUCCUCCAAUCACUGGACGGAUUUGCCAUUUCCACCAGUGUGGACGGUCGAUUCCUUUACAUCUCGGAGACGGUUUCAAUCUACUUGGGAUUGUCCCAGGUGGAGAUGACCGGUAGUAGCAUCUUCGAUUACAUCCACAAGCACGAUCACGCAGAAGUCGAGCAACAGCUGGGCAUUAAGAAGAACUCCGAAUACUCCAACUACAGCUCGUACCCGGACGAGGCUCCGGAGAAGUCGGUACUCAAAAUCGCCAAAGAUACCAAACCAAUGCCGGGUGAAGCCUACGAGGGUGACGACCGGGCUUUCUGCGUGCGAAUGAAGUCCACCCUGACGAAGCGCGGCUGCCACUUCAAGUCGUCCGGCUACCGGGUGAUCCUGCUGUUGUGCCACCAGCGCAAACGCAACAACUCAACCGACGAACACAACGACAAACAUUCCGUGAUCGGAAUGGUUGGCAUCGGAAUUGCCCUGCCUCCGCCGUCACUGCACGAGAUCAAGCUCGAGUCCGAUAUGUUUGUGUUCCGGACCAGCCUAGAUCUGACGAUUAUCCACUGCGAAAACAGAAUCUCCAGCUUCCUUGACUACACAGCGGAUGAGCUAAACGGGAAAAGUGUAUACACACUUUGUCACGGACAAGAUGCCCACAAGUUGAAAAAGAGUCACAGCGAACUGAUCCAGAAAGGUCAAGUACUGACCCCCUUCUACCGCAUUCUGAACAAAUCCACCGGCUACUUCUGGAUCCAAACGUGCUGCACGAUGGUCUGCCAGACGAAGAACAUGAACGAUCAGACGGUGAUCUGUGUGAAUUACAUCAUCACCCGACCCGAGAAGGAAAACCUCAUUAUGGACAUCUCGCAGAUGCCAAACGUUAACCUGGGCGAUUAUCACAGCGUCCCGAAGAGUACGGUUCCGUCGAAGCGAGCGGCCGCCGCCAUGGAAUACGAGCUGAAUGCGAAGGAAAUAUCCGACGGACACUCGGAGGGAGCGGCAUACAUCGAUUCCCACGUGGACCACAAGGACCUGCUGGACAAAUCGCCCCACCGGACGACGAUGGGUCUCGGAAUGUUCGACAAAAAGGAUGCGCUGGAUUUCAAGGAUAAGCACCUGGAUCGGGAGAAGGGAUGCAGCAAUAGCAAGCAGCGAAUGAAAGCGGGCAGUCCCAUGAUGAAUAUGUCCGUCAACGAGAACCACGUGAUCGAGAAGAAGGCUUCCAGCGGGAAGAAAAAUAUCUCCAAUCGGGCCAGCGUGAUCCGGGUACUGAACAAAACCUCGUCGAAGAAAAUUCUACAGGAAAAUCACUAGAAGCUAUUGUUGUGAGCGUAGCCUCUCCCUCCUUGCGGCAAUUCUUCCCCCUGUCCUUCUGUGUAGCUUAAAAGCGUCGAUGUAUUUAUUGCUGCUUCUGCAAUCUGCCCCCGCGGUGAGAACCAAUUUCUCGUCCAAAUGUUGACAGUGUUUAUGAACGGAGUAUCAACUCUCUAUCAAGUCACAAUUAAGCCAGUGAAACAGAAAAAAAACAAAAAACCGUCAAAACCUUGACAUUGUUAUUCGCAAUCGUACUGUACUAGGUAACCAACCAGUGUUAGCAUAGAAAUAUUUCUAACGCAUGAUAUUUGUAAAUUAUUAAAUCAGUAACAGAAAAAAAAUGAAAAUAAAGGAAAGUAUUACGUUUUAGUAUUAUUGGAUA